GAAGAGAAGUUGCAAAGAAAUGGAGAAGAGUGUGACCCUAUAUUUGGUGUUCUUAUCAUAUCUAGUGGCAGCUGCUACCGCCCAAAGUGCUUCUAAUCCCCUGGCAUGGCGCCAAAGGUUCGGAUGGACCGCCUUCUGCGGAUCUGCUGGGCCUCGUGGAAAAGCUGCUUGUGGCCUGUGCUUGCAGGUGACUAACACUGCGACGGGAGCUCAAGCCAAGGUGAGAAUCAUCGAUCAGUGCAGCAACGGAGGUCUUGAUCUAGAUUCUAAUGUGUUCAAUCAGCUUGACACGAACGGGAAAGGCUAUGCUCAGGGACACCUUAAUGUUAACUAUAAGUUUGUCAACUGUGGUGACUGAAGGCUGAAACUAUAUUAAUUACUAGUAUUAUGGCCAUCAUAAUCAAGGUAGAAUUAAUAA